UUCUCACUCUCGGUUGGGCCAGGCGAGGCGCGCGCAGCCGCCGUCUCCUCCUCUUCGCCCUCCCUUUUCCCGUCUCUUCCUUCUGUCAGCGGGAGGUCGUCGCCUCCCCCUCGCUCCGUGCGCUCACUGGGCCUCCCCGUUCGCCUCAAUCACCGCUGCCGCCUCCGCUGCUGCUGCUGCUUCUUCUUCCCCCUUUUCUUCUGAUUUCUCCACCGUCUCGUCUUCUCGUGGCGCUGCUGCUGCUGCUGCGAUGCCGGAAAAGCGGCCCUUCGAGCGGCUCCCGACCGAAGUGCGCCCCAUCAAUUAUGGGCUGUGUCUCAAGCCCGACCUUAUCGACUUCACCUUCGAGGGAAAACUCGAGGCCGCCGUGGAGGUGAAGCAGGCGACCAAUCAGAUAGUGAUGAAUUGUGCUGACAUUGAUAUUAUUACAGCUUCAUAUGCACCAGAAGGAGAUGAAGAAAUCCAUGCCACAGGGUUCAACUAUCAGAAUGAAGAUGAGAAAGUGACUCUUUCUUUUCCCAGCAUGCUUCAGAAAGGGAUGGGAACAUUAAAGAUAGAUUUUGUUGGAGAAUUGAAUGACAAAAUGAAAGGAUUCUAUCGAAGUAAAUAUAUCACCCCUUCUGGAGAUACUCGGUUUGCUGCUGUUACCCAAUUUGAGGCCACUGAUGCUCGCAGGGCCUUCCCUUGCUGGGAUGAGCCAGCUAUCAAGGCAACUUUUGAUAUUUCAUUGGUGGUUCCCAAAGACAGAGUAGCUCUGUCAAAUAUGAACAUUACUGACCGAAUGCCCUAUCCUGAUGAUGAAAAUUUGGUAGAAGUGAAAUUUGCCCGUACUCCUGUGAUGUCAACAUAUCUUGUUGCGUUUGUGGUCGGAGAAUAUGACUUUGUUGAGACCAGGACCACUGAUGGUAUAUUAAUUCGUGUUUAUACUCCUGUUGGCAAAGCAGAACAAGGAAAGUUUGCAUUAGAGGUUGCUGCUAAAACGUUGCCUUUUUAUAAGGACUACUUCAAUGUUCCUUAUCCUCUCCCUAAAAUUGAUCUUAUAGCUAUUGCAGACUUUGCAGCAGGUGCCAUGGAGAACUGGGGCCUUGUUACUUAUAGGGAAACUGCACUGCUGAUUGAUCCCAAAAACUCUUGUUCUUCCUCUCGCCAGUGGGUAGCCCUUGUUGUGGGCCAUGAACUUGCUCACCAGUGGUUUGGAAACCUUGUGACUAUGGAAUGGUGGACUCACCUGUGGCUCAAUGAGGGCUUUGCAUCCUGGAUUGAGUACCUUUGUGUAGACCAUUGCUUUCCAGAAUAUGAUAUUUGGACUCAGUUUGUAUCUGCUGAUUACACAAGAGCUCAGGAGCUUGAUGCGUUAGACAACAGCCAUCCUAUUGAAGUCAAUGUAGGCCAUCCAUCUGAAGUGGAUGAAAUAUUUGAUGCAAUUUCUUACAGCAAGGGAGCAUCAGUAAUUCGAAUGCUACAUGAUUAUAUAGGGGAUGAGGAUUUCCGGAAAGGAAUGCACUUGUAUCUUACCAAGUUUCAGCAUAAGAAUGCUUCUACAGAAGAUCUUUGGGAAAGCCUGGAAGAUGCUAGCGGUAAACCUAUUGCAGCUGUGAUGAAUACAUGGACCAAGCAAAUGGGUUUUCCACUGGUUUACAUAGAAGGGGAGCAGCAAGAAGAUAACAAAGUGCUGAAGCUAGUCCAGAAGAAAUUCUGUGCCAGCGGACCAUAUAGUGGGGAAGAUUGCCCUUUUUGGAUGAUUCCCAUUACCAUUUGUACAAGUGAUGACCCAACCCAUGCCAAAAUGCAAGUAUUAAUGGACAAACCUGAGUUAAGUUUAAUUUUGAAAGAUGUGAAGCCAGAACAGUGGAUUAAGCUAAAUCUGGGAACAGUGGGAUUUUAUCGGACACAGUACAGUCCUGACAUGCUGGAGGGUUUACUACCAGCUAUCCGUGAUCUCUCCUUACUCCCUGUGGACAGGCUAGGGCUGCAGAAUGAUCUCUUUUCCUUGGCCAGAGCUGGAAUUAUUAGCACUGUAGAGGUUCUAAAAGUCAUGGAAGCUUUUGUGAAUGAGCCCAACUAUACUGUGUGGAGCGACCUAAGCUGUAACCUGGGGAUUCUCUCAACUCUCUUGUCCCACACAGACUUCUAUGAAGAGAUUCAGGCAUUCAUCCGUGAUAUCUUUUCACCAAUAGGAGAAAAACUGGGCUGGGACCCCAGGCCUGGUCAUCUAGAUGCACUUCUGAGAGGUUUAGUUUUGGGCAAGCUUGGAAAAGCUGGACAUAAGGCAACAUUGGAAGAAGCUCGACGACGGUUCAAAGAUCAUGUGGAAGGGAAGCACGUCCUGUCUGCUGAUCUAAGGAGUUCUGUAUAUGUAACUGUUUUGAAAUAUGGUGACAGUAUAACCUUAGAUACUAUGCUAAAGCUCCACAAGCAAGCUGAUAUGCAGGAAGAGAAGAACAGAAUAGAACGUGUACUUGGUGCAAUAUCUCAGCCAGAAUUAAUACAGAAAGUUCUUACUUUUGCACUUUCAGAAGAGGUACGUCCUCAAGACACAGUAUCGGUCAUUGGGGGAGUUGCAGGAGGCAGCAAGCAGGGCAGAAAGGCUGCCUGGAAGUUCGUCAGAGACAAUUGGGAGGAACUUUACAAUCGCUACCAGGGAGGGUUCUUAAUAUCCAGGCUAAUAAAGCUAUCAGUGGAUGGAUUUGCAAUUGACAAAAUGGCUUCAGAAGUUAAGGCUUUUUUUGAGAGUCAUCCAGCUCCAUCAGCUGAGCGUACCAUACAGCAGUGCUGUGAAAACAUCCUGUUGAACGCUGCAUGGCUGAAGCGUGAUGCUGAAAAUGUUCAUCAGUACCUCCUGCAACGCAAAGCCUCACCAACUGCUGUGUGAGCCCACUCUCACCCACCUCGGACAUCCCAGCUGCUGCGGCCCAACUGCCUCAGCGUGAGGAGGAAAAGCUGCUAUUCAACAGUUGAAUAAUGCGCCAAGGAAAUUGGAGUUUUUUCUCACACCAGUGGGGACUGGACAUUGAAUGUAGUUUAACGGUUCCUGCUCAACUCCAGAACUAAAUUCUAAUAAAAAGAUUUUAUCAAAAAUUUAGCAACAAACAAACAAACAACCACCCUGUAAAUAUUAUAGUAAUAAAAUAGAGCAUAACAAAACUGUGAAACGUCCUUAAGGCUUGUCAGUGGUCAAAAUAUUUAAUACACUCUCCCCUUUUACUUUCUGAUGAUUUUUUAACCAUUCCUUUCCCUUUUUUUCCUAAAAACAAACAAGAAAAAAGAAACCAGAGGUUUCUUGGCAAGUUGAAUGUUAUAGCAAGUCAAGGGCAGGAAUGGGUUUCACCUCCGAGUGCCCCUGAAAACACACUGAAAGGCAGCAAAAGCACUUACAAGUUGUGUGGAAUAGUCCAAUUAUGAAAAACAGCUUGAUAUAACUUUUAAGUGUAGUCCUUAGCUGAAGGUUCUAGGAAACAACAUAUGAUCUUGGUUCAAAUUUUGAAAGCUUGUAAAACUCCCUUGUUUCAUUUUUUGAGAAGGGGAAAAUAAAAUAUCCUGUGUCUGUCUUUUCUCCCUUCCUCCUUUUUUGUUUCAUUUGCUAAUCUCAAAAAUUGCAAGCUUGUAUAGAAACAUGUUUCUCAGCCACAUUAAAAUGAAAUUAUCCCCCCCAUACCCUUCUGUCUUUCUUUAUACUUUAUUCCUGCAUGCAAAAUAAGAUUUAAUAUUGUAAUUGGAUCUUUCUGGGCCACUGUAAAGUCUCACUUCACUUAAUACAUAACCCAGUAGUUUGGAAAAGGUGUUCUGUUUCAAAAACAAAACAUUGCCUUAACCCCUUGUGAUUGAAGCCUUCCAUUCCACUUUAUUUGGUAAUGUUUGGUAAUUUGAUUCAGAACCUUAAACUUACACUAGUUGGCAUGAUGAUAAAAAUCUAAGCUUUCUGCCAUCGGUUGCUUAAGAGAGUAGCAUGUUCCUGCUUACUAAUUUCAUAUCCAACAUCACUCCUCCCUCAAAUGUUUACAGUUCCCUUUUUUAAUAUACCUUUUUUAAAAUUCAUACUUGGCGUGGCUUUAAUUGUUAAUUGGAGAAGGUCAUCAGACACUAGAUGUCAAAUUGCUUCCCUGGAAACACAUUUUUGUGCUAUUGUUUUAAAUGAAAAACAAAGAAAAAAAUUACAAGUUGGCGUUAAUAAAAAGGAAAGUCAAUGUGAAAUUAAAGAGUCUUGGUUUUGGUGUGUGUAUAUUGGCAAAAUAAGAUUUUUACAUGCCUUGUAUGCAUGACCAUGGCUGUGAAACAGUUGAAAUGGACUUUGGUACAGGAGUUUCCCUCUUUAUUUUUAAUUUCAACUGCGUUUUGAUAUGCUUUUCUUCAAAUUUGGAAAUAGAUCUGGGCUUAGUUCAGGACAAUGUACUCAGCAUUAACACAUUUGACUUGCUGGGUCAUUUCCUACACAGGCCCAUUACAAUUGUAGUGCUUUUGUACAGCUUAUAUCCAUUGCACUGGAACUUGAUACUAUAAAAAUCCAAAAUUUAUUAUUCCCUACCCCAUUUCUAAUUAUGGGGGAGGGGAAGAUCCUUGUGAAUUUAUUUUAUGCAAUUCAUGUUCAAUACAGGGGAGCUUAUAUACGAGAGAUAUUUAGGUUGGAUUCAGACCUAAACUUUAAUUAUAUUUAGAUCUUACUGAAAUAAAUGUUAAUAAGUUAAACUGUGGCUGUCACGUGCCAUUGAUUUUUUUGGGACAUGUCAACUGAGCAUGACAAUAGUCCUUUAACCCCCCCCCCUUUUUAAAAAAAAUGUAACUCUAAUACAAAAAUGUGGCUGAAAAAACAUCAGAUUUAAGUUUUGACCAGCUAUCUUUCAGGUCAGUGUUCUGUAUCUGUAUUCUGGCUCACCAUCACAGUAGUUGCUGAGAGUUUUGCAGUCAUUCUACGGGAAAUGAAUCUCAGUUUCUGUUGCUGUUCAGUGGUGUAUACAAUUAUACUGUAUACUUUAUGAAACAAGUAGUAUUAUGAAACCCCCAACUUUUCUACGAUAGAGCAUGUACACAUUUUUGGUUAGUACAACCUCUACAGAUUGAUGUUUUUACUUUUGCUGUAUUGAAGAUGAUAUCCUUAAUAUCUCUUGUUCAACACAUACAUAAUCAAGCAAAGCAUGAUUUAAAAAGUUACUGUUUAGCUACUUAGUUUUGCCAAGGCUUAAGGGAUUGAGAAAAAGGUUACGUUUAUGUUGAAGUAUAGGGAUUUCUUGAGAAGACAUAAUUUCUAUGAUUUCUCAGUGAUAGGACAUUGUUACUUCGUAAUAUGGUACAGCUUGGUGUAAAUAUGGCAGAAAACUCUUAAAUUCUUUCCUAUUCAGCUGCUGUUUUUCACAUAGUUCUGAAAUAUGUACAUUCUAAAUUAACUACUUUCUUAAUGCUGCUGCUCUAAACUGUACCAUACUGAAGUAUAACAUGAUAAAUAAGACAGGCACUGUUGUGCUUGGAUCCUAAGAACUAAAAAAGUGAAAGUAAAUGAUGUAUAAAUUUCAUGUAAAAUAAUUAACAGGCCUAGAAAAAUAAGGGUGGAAGAGAAAACUUCAACCCUGAUAAAAUGUGACAGAAAUAUAGGCUAUAUUUGCUGAUGUCUUUAUUUACGUAUCUACUAUUACCCUUCACCUCUCUUCAAAAAAAUCCAGAUGUAUAUUUUUAGUCACCAGAUGUUUGGGUGCCCUUGACAAUUAGCUGAGCCUCACUCUUGUGUGGGGGAGGGAUUGGUUGAUCAGGAGACUUAGCUGCAAACAUUUGUUCUCAUGUGUUUAUUGGUUAGCUUUCCUUGUUCUAUUUAAUAGAUAAAUGCUUAGAUACGUAAGCCCUAAAAUACUGCUAUACUACUUUCCUACUUUAAUCUAUGGUUUCCAGUACUUUAUUGUUUUCAUGGUCGCCAGAAAUCAUAUGAAGGUCUUUUCUUCUCUGCUUCUCUUCCUGGGUUUUUCUUCUUUCCCGCUAAUCUCUUCUAGGAAUGCCAAAUGGAAGAUUAUAUGGUAGUUUUUUCUUUUGCAAACUAUGCGAGACAUAUUUUUAACUUGAUCUGUUAAGUUCAAGUUAAACUUAGAUAUCACAUUAUUUAGGUAUUGGUUUUUGUUUUCAAAAUAUGUAGGUCAACAACCCUGUUCAUUAAAGAACUAUUUUAGGAAAUAGCUAAAAGGUGUGAUGUGGACAUAAAGCAUAAUGAUUGCCUAGGCUUUGGAUUUUUGGGAUUGCUGUAUUUCUAAUUUUAAGGAGAAUGCAAAAUUCUGAAAUGUAUCUUGUGCACAUAUAUUUUCUCUAAUUUAUCAUUCAAAUUUCUAUUUUAUUUUGUAUAGAAUGUUCAUCUUACAUCAUCUUCCUAUAAAUUUACUCUUCCAUCCUUGUCCAGCCUCAUACUGAUGGUACAGAGCUCAUGUUGUCCAGAAAUGAGAUUGAAUAUAACAUGCAGACACAUACUCUUUAUUUAUGAAAGGAAGAUAUGGUUUCCAAGGGGUUGCUUUAGACCACCUGGUCCUAUUUUCUCAAGGGGAUAGUCUGGCUUCCUGGAGACAAUUCCUGAGCAUAAAUUGUACCAUUUGGCAGAAGGCAAAGUAGUUGGGACCCCAAUUCUAAUCCUUAUAUUAUUAAGUUUUAUUACUCAUGCUAAUUCAAUGAUCCACUCAAAAGAAUAACCAAGGAACUUUGCUGUACUAAUUUUCCUAAUAUCGGUAGCUGAGAAAAAAGCUAGGAUACAUUGGGAUAUGAUUGUUUUACAGGGCACCAUUUUGAUUACCCUGGUCAAAAUUAUAUAUAAUUGUACUUUGUAUACAAAUUGUACAAAAGUAACUGUACUUUGAACAAAAAUAGCAAACACACAUCCAUGAUCUGGAAGUAAUGAAAAAGUCUGCAGCCUGCUUAUCUUUCAGUGGAUAAUGUCUGUAGAAUAGUGUUAUAAAUCUCAGCCUAUUCUAAGUAUAACAAGUAGUUUUUUUCCUCCUAGUGUUUUUCCAUAAACGCAGGGACUGUUUUUUCUGAUCAACCAAGUCUUGAUCCAUUGGUUGUGACAAGAAUUGACCGACUGGCUUGUUAUCUGAGUCUCAUAUUGUGGCUGAGAGAGUAUCUUGUCAAGGUCAUCAGCUAGCUUUCAUGUUUAAGAGGGAACAAGAGCUCACAAUCUCUUAGUUUCUAGCCUUAAGCUCUAAUGUCUUAACCACUAGAUCAAACUGGCUCUUCAUUCUGAGCAUGACAAGUGAAUUAUUUAAAAACCAUCUGUUCAAAACAAAUCUGGAUGAGAUCUAUAGAUAAUAAAAGCAAACAAACUUUGGAAUAGGUGUGUGUAUAGAUGAUUACAUAUAUGAUUUGAGAAAGAACUAUUUCAAAUAUAUGGGCAGUACUCAAGAUAAGAUUGUAAUGGAGUCUGGCCAUUGCAGUCACAUGCUGCAACCACUAUUAAGCAAAACAGCCUCCUUAAUCUUACCUUCUGUUCUCCCUGAUGCAGCCAUUAAACAAAUUCAAGAGUUAUUAAACAGCAUAGGGUUCCCCAGGAUGGGGGAGGCCUAUGCAGGGCCAGAGUCACCUGCCCCAUACCUCCCAAGCCUACUGUUACCGCUUUUUUGCCUCUCACGGUGCCCUUAGUUCUUCAACUUCUUUCACACCCAGUGAGUAAGGAGAUCAGGCUGGUCAGAGUUUGCAAUGAUUGGUGAGCAAUGACAGAUCAGGCUGGCUGGGGUUUGCAAUCUAGCCUUAAGGCGAAGGUGUUAUUCUUGUAUAGGGGGCUGCCUUUUUAUGGAAGUUCCAUAAACUUCAGGAAAAAAUGGCUUCUCCUUAAAAGAAUUGACCCUCAUUAAAAAAAAUCCUACAAUGUUGUAAGAAUAGAACCUGUUGAAAAACGUUUGCUAUAAGACUGACUCUGUAAGAAAGCUGAUUAUGUGUUAAGUGGAUGCCACUUUCAGAACCUGCAAAACAGAAAGGUAAGUUGGAGAUUCCUGGGCCAGGGAGCAGGUUCCAGUCCUUAGGUGGGGAAACAGCUGGUGGCUUGCAAGUCUACCCAGCUUGAUCUCUCCUUGCUCACUUGUGCUUGAAAACUCUUGCCAGCCUGAUCUCCCCUUGCUUGCUGGGUGGGAAGAAAGCUAGAGGCUGCAAAUUCCAAUUGCUUUGCACCCACUACAGCCAGCCUGAUCUCCUUUAAGUGAAUGAGUGGGAGAAGCACUGCUGCAGCCACUAUAACUUUGAAACCAGGUUUUAAGUAGCUUUUGGGAACUCUAUUAUAAAUUAAGAACUUCUUGUGUUAAGUAUUUCAACUCAACAUUUGUGUAUACCCAGAUAAUUAAUUAGAAACGUUUCUGGUAACAUAACUAAGAAAUGCUGAUCAAUGUUGAAUGCAUCUAAUAAUGAAAGAUUUUUCAAAAUUUAUAGCUGUUAAUCAAAUCAAGUAAGAAGACUUUUACAUAAUGUAAAAAAAGGAUUCUAUGUUUUGCAAUACAAACCAUAAUUCAUAGAUGGGACAGGAAUUGGAUCAAUUUCUUAUGUUGUAUGUAACUUAGAACCAGAAAAGGUCCAAUAUUUUUCCUUAUCUACAAAAGCAUAACAAGAUACUGUUUUCUUCCAAUUCAUAUUCUCGUACCUCAGUAAAAUAACUAACAUACAUGAGUAUUUAUUGAAUGUAUGAUGACUGAAGGAAGGGCCAAAAAGAAAACUAAAUGGUUCUCCCCUAUCUCUUAAGGACUCUUAAUAGGAUUAUCCCAACUCUGUCUUAUAAAAACAUGACUAUUUGAAUAAUAACUGGAGAUACUUCUAAGAACAAUGAGAUACAUGUGUGUACAAUAUUAAGCACCAAAACAUAAUGCAAAAAUUAUACAGCAGCCCCCCCCCCCCAUAAAGUGUGUUACCGAGGCAGAUAGCCAUUUCCCAUUUUUUAUUAAUCUAUAUCAUUUAUUAAUUAUGCUUUGUUUAAAAUUCUUAAAGACCUUUCCACUAAAAAAUAUCCUAGCAUGUGUCUUUAUAGAAAAGAGAAAAGUUAUGUGGGAUGCUGUAUCUGUUGAUAAAGUCUUUGGCAAAUUAUCUCAUCAAAGAUUCAUGAUCAAAUAUGAAUUAUUAUAUGAUUAUUACUUAAAGAAAAAAGAAUAGGGUUAGAGAUAAUUGAACAUUUCUUGAAACCGUAUGAAAACAAUAGUUAUGAAUAAUCAGUGAAAUAGCCAAGUUUGCUAAUGAUUAUCUAUAGUGGUAAGAAUAAAAAAACCAAAACGUAAGAUUUUUUUUUUUAAGAUUGGGAGAAUGGGCAUUAUAAUGGCAAAUUAAAAUAUAACUCUAACCCUUCUGUUCCAACAAAUGGUUGCAUUGAGACAAUUUCUACUCCUUUUGUGGUAUGUGUACAAAAUGGUGCAAUUGAUUUGGAAUAAAUUUUGGCCCAAUGAAAUAAAAAUAUUGACCAGUAUGUAAUUUCCUGUGAAAAAAGCAAUUAUAUUUUGGAAAUAAUUAGAAAAUGAAUUGAAACUAAAUUUUUAAAUAUCACAAGGCUAUUAAACAAAUUAAUGAUGAAACCAUA